CUGAUUGGCUGUCCUUCUCUCGGAAGUGCAGCUGUUGCCGUUCUUCAAUGUGCAAGAGACAUAGAGAGAGAGCGACAGGCUUUUUCAAAAGUGGUUUAUGCACAUAUAAAAAAGUAGAAUGGGGGAAGCUGUGGCCAACGUUGCAAGAAGGAUUAAUGAAACUGUGGAGAAAGGAGCAGAUACUCUAGAUUUGGCUGCCUGUAAAUUGAUUAGCUUUCCAGAAGGAGUUUAUAAAGUUUUGAGGAGCGUAACGGACAAUAUUCAUGUUAUAAAUUUAGCUGAUAAUGAACUUAAGGCAGUGACAAGCAAGUUCAUUGCUACCUUCAGCCAGCUAAGAGUGUUAAACUUGGAGGGAAACAGCCUGACACAGCUUCCUGAAAUCAUAGGUUCAAUGAUGCAUUUGACGUCUAUCAACUUAGCCAGAAACAAAUUCACUGUUUUCCCUGAGAACCUCACUACCAUCAAGACCCUUCAGAAUAUUAAUCUGGAGGGAAAUGACAUAUCUGAACUGCCUCUAGAGAAGCUGACUGCUAUGACAACCCUUCAGUGCCUAAAUAUGAAAUCCAAUCCACUAAACAAAGAAGCGAAGUGUUUCUCCCAGCCAAAUAUGACAUUUGAGCUUCUAACAACUGCUGAUAAAGAAUAACAUUUAGGCUAGACAUGAACAGUUCUAUUUUAGUAAAUGUUAAGUGUAACAUAUAUUUAAAUGUUGUAUGCAGAGGUGGCUUAAUUAUACUGAGAUUAAUUAUUAUUGAAGUCAACAUAUUUCUUACGCAGGCAGUAUAAUUUACUCAAGUGUGUCUGCUAUCUGUAUUUCAUGAAAUACACAGGAUAAUCAUGAGGGUUCCUGAUUAAUUGAUAAGUAAGGCUUUAUCAUGAAUAAUUGCAUAAAGAUUUUAUUGUAUGACUAAUUAUACUUGAUAGCACUCAAACUACAGUUAGCUCGCAAUUAUUUAUUUUUAAAUGAAAUUAUGCAAAUUAAACAAAUAUGAACAAUUCAUAAAGUGGUGAGGGCAAUAAUUCAGAGAGUUUUAAGCAUGUGUACAAUUAUGGAAAAAAGGAAAGAUGUGAUACUUGUGAAAGUGUUGGUUGCUUAGAAUUGUUUAAUGAUUUUAUAUUGAAUAUUCAAAGACAAAAAUGAAAAAUUGAAGAAAAAUGCAUUAUAAUUUGUGCCUGACAAUUGAAUCUACUGCAGCAGGAGAAAAAUAAUGCAGCAUGAAGCAUCAAGUCUGCAUCUAAGCAGAUUAAUGUGAUUGCCUUUUUCCUUUUUAAUACUUAAGUGGCGUUUGUUAGCUCCUACUGUCAGUCUUAUCUUAUGUGCACUGUGUUUUUUUCUUCUUUUGAAAGCUCAUCCCAGCGUUCAUUUCCUGUGUUAUGUGUUUAUACAAUCUUGAACUGUACUUUGUUACCAUGUUGUCCUGAAUUGUAUUUUUCUGUGAUAUGUAAUGCACCUUGUGAUGGUGUACACUGUGAAACCCAAUGUGUAAAAUAAAGAUCGAUUGAUUGAAAUGUCA